UGCAGUUUCGUUAAAAGCGAAAUAAUGUGCUGAAAUAGGCAGCAAGAAACGCUUCUUUUAUAUUAAACAAGAGAUUUGUCCUUACCUUAAAAAGCAGACGAAUUUGAAUUUAGUUAAGUUAAUAACUGUUGAAUAGUUCAAUUAAGAAGCCUACUUUUUAAUAUACAAAUGUGCUAUAUUAAUAAAUAAACAAUAUUCGUUUUUUCUUAUAGAAGAGUAAACCAUAAACAAAUGAGUAACAAUAGUAAGCAUAAAAAUGUGGUUGGUUUAAUAGCUGUAGGGACUUUUGGAACUGUUGCUGUGGGUUUAAUUGCUGGUUGUUUCCCUUUUGUUUUGCCUGCUUUCCGAAGAAUUUGUCUCCCCUAUGUUCCUGCCACGGACACACAAGUUAGUAAUGUAAUUAGACUUCUUAAAAAAAGAAAAGGAAAGGUUAUAGAUUUAGGAAGUGGAGAUGGUAGAAUUGUACUUUCUGCUGCAAAAUUAGGAUUUGAAUCAGUUGGAGUAGAACUUAACCCUUGGCUGGUGCUUUAUUCUAAAUGGAAAGCUUUAUCUUUAGGUUUACGUAAAAAAUCUAGUUUUAAAAGACAAGAUAUUUGGAAAACUGAUUUGAGAAAUUUUGAAAAUGUUGUCAUUUUUGGAGUGGAACAAAUGAUGUCUCAGCUUGAAGAAAAAUUAGUAACUGAGCUCAGUGAAAAUGCUUGCGUCAUUGCUUGUCGAUUUCCACUUCCGAACUGGAAAGAAUCUCUUUCUGUUGGUAAAGGGAUUGAUACUGUUUGGAUAUAUGAAAAAAGGCCAAAUAUUUAUUCUUCAAUAAAUUGACAUUUCUUUUAUUA